CGACUCGGCCGACCGCCGUCAGUGUCAGUCGUCGCACCGCACCGUCAGUUUGGUUUUCGUUUCUGUUGAGCGACACACGUCGUCGCCAGCGUCGCGAUAUCCACACGACCACCGCGCAUCGCCGAGAGUAUUUCCGCGAAUCAUCACCCGAUUCUGUAAGCGAUAGACUCUAUCCGAGCUUGUGCGCGCGCGCCCCUGUGCGUUUCACUGCGACCAAGUCCGUUACGUGUGCGUGCCCGAUUUUGCCACGAUUCGGUGACUGUCAGAUAUUGUUGUAAUACUUUUGCUGUCGGGUUUCGCGUCGCUGUCAUCCGCCACCCCCGUCGAGCCGUCGUCGUCCGGGUCAGUGCGUGCCUGCCCCCCUGUUGUGUCGUAUUUCGUUGUACGCCGAUACUUGCAAACACGGCUCUCCGGACGCGCGCCUCGCGGCUGUUGACGACAUGCCAUCGUGUUAGGUCCGACGACAGCGGAUGUAACAUGAACGACAUUGAAACGAUCGCAGCCUCGGUGUUCUAUUCCGCCAGAGACGGACGGCUAAAACGAUUGCAGUUGCUGUUGGAAGGCAAAUCAGCUAUGGAAAAUGCUAAACUGUUGAAAACCACGACAACUGGCGCUACGCCAUUGCUGAUGGCCUGCAGACACGGCCACUACGAUAUAGCCUUGUACUUAAUCAAAAGACACAAAGUCAAUAUCGAACAAACAGGCUCAGUUAUGUUUGACGGUGAAACAAUAGAGGGAGCGCCACCGCUAUGGUGUGCGGCCGCUGCUGGACAUCUGAACAUAGUAAAACUGUUAAUCAGAGAAGACGCCGUGGUGAAUUCUACGACCAAAACGAAUUCGACCCCGUUGCGCGCUGCAUGCUUCGACGGACACUACGAAAUCGUAAAAUAUCUUGUCGAACACGGUGCAGACAUCGAAGUAUCCAACCGUCACGGUCACACGUGCCUGAUGAUCGCUUGCUAUAAAGGCCACUACAAAAUCGCCAACUUCCUGCUGGCCUUAAAAGCUGAUAUCAACAAAAAGAGCGUCAAAGGCAACACUGCGUUGCAUGAUUGUGCCGAAUCGGGUAGCCUGGACAUAUUCAAAAUGCUCAUACUCAAUGGGGCCAAAAUGGAAGUUGACUCUUAUGGCAUGACUCCGCUGUUGGCUGCGUGCGUGACCGGUCACGCAGACAUUGUCGAUUACCUAGUUAAGAGUAACAACUUGGUGUCGCGCAAAGAGAAGAUCGAAGCCCUGGAAUUGCUUGGUGCCACAUACAUUGACAAGAGGAGAGACUUAAUUGGCGGUUUCGACUUGUGGAAACAGGCCAUGGAUCUGAGGUUCAGUGAGGACGACGACGAACUGGACAUACCGAAACCGGACAACGCACUGCCCAUUGAAGCGUAUGAAUGGGCUCAGGAAGUGAAAAACCACGAGGAACUCAACGAACUGUUGUCUGAACCUGACGAGAUGAGGAUGCAGGCUUUGUUAGUUAGAGAACGGAUCCUAGGUCCUACGCAUCCGGACACCAGUUACUAUGUGCGCUAUCGAGGUGCUGUUUAUGCUGAUGCCGGAAAAUUUACACGGUGCAUAUCUCUGUGGAACCAUGCCUUAGACAUCCAAAGAGGUUCUCUUGAGUCUUGCCACCAGAUGACUGUCUCUUCAUUCUUCUCCUUUGCCGAACUUUUCUCUUUCAUGUCUGAUGCAUGCGCUACCAACGACAACAACGGGUACAGACAAGUUCCGGCGCUUUUAACUUUCGAGGACAUCAUUCAAGUCCUGGUCAAAGCUGUCAAUGAAUUAUGUGAACCAAAAGUGCUGCCAUCGUCAUUCGAUUUAUCUCCUAGAUUAUUGCUCAUUUCAUUGGAUCUCUUUAAUAUGGCUCUCAAAUUGAUACGGAACGAUGAUCAUUCUCACCUGACCCACCGCUUGCUGUAUCGUUUGAAUAAGUGCAAAGUUGUAGGACACCUUGGUCAGACUGCUCUUCAUUUGGCAAGUGCGCGUAAAACUGCUCUGGCAACAUCCCGGCAUCCCCAAUCCAUCAGCGCUGAAGAUGCGUCUAUGUUGUUGAGAGCGUUGCUCAAAAUUGGCGCUGAUCCCAAUGCGCGUGAUGAAGAGGGUAAUACACCGCUCCAUUUAGUGUCCUCCAAAGAUAUGACUACCAUCAAACUGCUUUUGGGCGGUGGAGCGCAUUAUGAUUCUGUCAAUGCAGCUGGUCGCACAUUCUGUGACAUGCGCAAAGCCACUCCGCAUAACCCGCUGUGCCACACAUCUUUGGCGUGCCACGCUGCUCGCGCCAUACGCAAAAACCGUAUACCAUUCAUUGGACAUAUACCAGUCACGUUGUACGAAUUUGUGGAAAAACACUAGUAAAAUAGACAUUAGAAGACGUACAUGUAUGAUGAUGGUUUGAUGUUUCUGUAAUUUAUUAUUGUAUGCACGCAAAAUGAAAAAAAAAAUUAUUAUUAUUUUAUCUAAUAAAUCGUUUAUAAUCUUAUA